CUUCAUUCCCAGUCUCUUCAUUCCCAGUCUCUUCACCAUCACUACAGAAUUUCUCUUCUUCAGUAAAGAUAUGUUUCAGUGUAGUAAAUUCUACCACGGACACAGAGGCAAGAUAGGGGUUUUUAAGACUUAAGAAUCAGUCAGAAGUUGACAGCUCUUCUCAUUGGUGGAAAUUGUGCAGUCAAAUACGGUAUGCUAAAACAAGGAAUUUCCAACUGAUGCUAUGGCGUAAUCCGGUCCGAGCUUGUCCGAGCGGUAUACUCAAACCGGAAGUGUCUUUUGUGUCAGUGCAAGAUGAAAUUCGUCGACAGGCGAGAUCCAAGUGUGGAUACGUAAGGCCCUUAGAUCUUCAAGGAUGGCCGUGAUGGGAGGUCAUGUCAAAAUUAACAUGUUACUUUUUGAUUUUACUUCCUACUUUACUGCUGUCCUCGACGGUGAGGGCCGUAUUUUUCAAUUCGGUCCAGUACCUGUGGAGUUUCAGAUGUGGGAUGGUUUCAAACUGAAGGGAUGUAUCCCUUCAGGUCCGUUCAGGGAUGGUGGUGCACAUAUUGCCAUAGUAAUAUAUCACGCAGAAGGUACGAGUUCAUUUAUGGAAGCUAGACAGCAGACUAUGGAACUUAGGAAAGAGGCCAACCUCAGAACUGUUAUGGUACCCGUGAGACCUUCAGAAACUCAGGAUCUUAAAGGCUACAGCGUGAGAAAUGCUGAGGCAAAUGCGAAGAAUUAUACCAAGUGGUGAACAUCUGUGUGAAUAAGUGUCUUAUAUAUGGCAUUUUGAGCGCUCUGAAAUUGAUCACAGGGUGAUACUGGAAUGUAUAGGACAAAGUGCCUUCUGUAAAGUACGUGGUUUUUAUAGGAUAUGGCUGAUAAAAGAUGGUUAUAAAUCUUCUGAUCCCGUGGAAAUUAACCUGUCUUUCCUAAAUCUGGAGACAUUGCCAAUUAUUGAAGGAAGGUGGGAAAAUCUCACUGUGCUUAAUGUAAGCCGAAACAAGUUAGCAGAGCUGCCUGAAAGAAUUGAUGUCCUGACUAACCUGACCCAUUUGUAUGCAAGCCACAACCGACUUUCUAAACUUCCUGAGACCCUGAAACACUUGGAGAAAAUUCAGGAAGUGGAUUUGAGGCAUAACAACAUUGACAGACUUGAUCGAGGUAUUGGUGAUCUGAGGCAUCUUUGUUCACUGUACCUAGUAGGUAAUCCCCUACCAAUGCAAAUCAUUAGAUAUCUUAUGGAGCUGAAGAAAAGACGACCACGAGAACUGUUCAUAGAUCUUACAGAUGACGCUCCCGUGGAAGUAAUGGUGCAAGGAGAAGAUGCAAAGCUUCUUUACGAACAGGCUCUGAAGGAGGGAUAUGUGAAAGUUUAUCGGGCUCGUAUUCUAUUUAUUGGUCAGGAUCGUGCGGGGAAGACAAGUUUGAAGAAGUCUCUCCUAGGUAUGCCAUUUGAACCUAAAGAACAGAGGACUGAUGGAAUUGAGAUUGAUCCUUCAAAGUUUGAGAUUGAAGUUAACCGAGUAAAGAACUGGUAUUCCACCAGGGAAAGCGCGGGCGAAGCCACCCUGCCAGAAAUCUCUGCCAUAUCAAGGAUGGUAGCCGAAAUUUUGUAUGAUUCGAGUGUUGGUGAAGAAAACGUUGAUUCAAAUCCUACAUUAGAAGAAGUAAGAUGUAGAAAUGAAUCUGGAAAAGAAUUAAAGGUAGAAUGUGAAGCUGAAAGUGAAAAUAGUUUCUUUAAGAAACAGCUUGAAGAAGAUGAGCACAAUCCAGCGAAGACAGACAUGUCUUCGCCAAUAGGGAGCUUGGUAGGAUCAGACGAUAGUGCAAAAGAUGAUUCGCAGCAUAGUGCCGAUCUGAUGAUUGAUACUGCCUCAGUUGCAGUUGACGUCAAAAACCGUGCUGCACGAUGCUUAAAGGAGAUGUUUCGCAAAGGGCUGAAGCCCGAGAAUGAUAGAAAUGAGCGGGAAUCCGAGUUAAGUGUUGAAAUGUGGGAUUUUGCAGGACAACAUGUAUACUAUGCCUCACAUCCUGUGUUUUUCUCACCCCGUGCAAUUUACAUCCUCGUGCACAACCUGAGCAAGUCAAUAGACGCCAUAGCUCAGCCGUGUGCCAGGCAAGGAACUCACAAGGUUAUCUUGGAAAACCCGAACAUGGAAACAAACCUGGAAAAUUUGCUUUCGUGGCUCGCUACGUUACAUAGUAUUAAAUCACCGGCAGAAGAGAUACCAACAGAUCUUCCCUAUCUCCGACCUCCAGUGUUCAUUGUUGGUUCACAUGCUGACAUACCAUACGAGGACACUAAGACCGUGACUUCAAAGAUACAGCAGGGAAUGGCCGGAAAGGAAUAUGAGAAACAUGUGAUCAGGCCUUUUUUCAACGUUGAUAACACACAAAGCAGCAAGUCAAACUCAAAGAGCAGCAGAUCGAUCUUAUGGAGGAUCAAGAACAUGUUUUCCAAUCCGCAAGGAAAGCAUGAAGCAGGUGAUGAUUCUGAUGGUGAUGGAAUUCCCGCACUACAAACUAGAAUCCUGGAAGUGAUAGAGCAAGAACCGUAUAUGGGGGAGCAAGUCCCGGUCAGAUGGUUCAACUUCGAAAAGGUCAUCGAAGCUUUAGUUACUACUAGCGUUUAUUAUACGAAAGUGAAAACGCUUCAAACGUAUGCCAAAGAACUUUGCUUCGUAGAGGAUGAGAAACAAUUUAAUACGAUGUUGAAUUUCUAUCAUAACCUUGGCGUCGUCGUCAGACACCGCGACACAGUAAUCUUAAAGUCACAAUGGCUGAUUGACGUUUUAAAGCAAUUGAUAACCAUACCUCACUUCGACAAAGCGGACCCUGUGGGUUCAAAGUACUGGAAGGAACUCGAGAUAAGUGGUGUUCUCAGCAUGAACCUUGUAGAUCACGUCUUUUCCAAAUUUGAUAAGCAUGACGUCAUCAAAGAAGAUAUCCUAGACCUGAUGGAGCAAUUUGGCUUGAUAGCAAAGUUCUCUCCUAAUUUAGCUAAUGCAACAUACUUUGUACCAGCUCAGCUAAAAUCAUCACCUGAAGGUCUCCUCAAGUUGGAGCCGUCAGGCACUGAUCCGUGUUCCUUGUAUCUUCACUUUGUGGAUGGAUUUGUCCCGCAUGGUCUCUUUCCGCAGCUAGUCUCAAGAUUUACAGCUUGGUGUCCAAAGACUGGGUGCACACAGCUCCCAAACCUUUAUAACAAUGGAGCCCGUUUUUUUAUAGGCAGACAUGUUAUCUAUGAUCUGAUUCUGAUUUGCCAAAGGAGGUUCAUCAAGAUUUUCUUGAGGAGCAUUACACAAGUUGAGGCAGUUUCAAUGUCACAGUCAGCAGAAAUGGCAAGAGCUGUGCGAGAGUUUUUAGAAGACACCAUGGAGGAUCUGUCUCAAGUGCUCACAUAUCUGAGGGGAAUGCAGUAUGAGCUGUGUGUUUUAUGCCCCAACUGCCUUCAGGGGGGCCAGCAGUGCGCAAACCACACCCAAACCUCCUGCACGCAUCACGACUGCUUUCACCUGUUAAAGGUAAAAAGAGAUGAACCACUGUUUUGCACGAAGAGCAUUCCUGCUGCAGUACUCACUAUUAAUGGGAUAGAGAGGUGGUUCUCAGUUAACACAGGCAAGGACUUGUCCUCCAUCAGAGGUGACACAGCGCAAAUAGCACAAUUUCAAGAUCCAGGGAAGUGUGGAAAAACCCUGAAGGUGAUGCUUUUGGCGAGCGAGUGGAAUUCAUCCAAGGGUGGCUUGUCGACAAUAAACCGACACCUUGCCAUACUUUUAGCGAGCCAUGCAGAAGUUAAAGUCACUCUCUUAGUGCCGAAAUCUGCUUGUGGUGAAGAGGAUAAAAGAGCUGCAGAGAGUUACAAUGUUACCAUCCAUAAGGCAGACAGCCGUCCAGGUUUUGAUGACCCCCUCGACUGGUUGAGCUUUCCACCACGAGAUAUCACUACGGACAUCGUGCUGGGUCAUGGAGCGAAACUCGGUAAACAAGCUCAAGUCAUCAGAGAGUCGCACAAUUGCAAGUGGGUCCAGGUAGUGCAUACCGCACCUGAAGAACUCGGCAUUUUCAAAAAGUACUCCAAGGCCAUUUCGAAGGGAGAAGAGAAGACUACGGCCGAGGUGGAUCUCUGCAAAUUGGCAGACGCUGUUGUCGCAGUUGGGCCCAAGUUGACGGGGGCUUUCUCAUCCUACCUGCGUUCAUGUGAGAAGCACCAGGACAUAAUUGAGCUGACUCCAGGAAUCUUCAAUGACUUUUCAGACGUAAAGCAAGUGCAAGACGAGAGUGACAAAUUUAAAGUGUUAACCUUUGGUCGUGGUGAUCCUGAGGACUUCAGUCUGAAGGGCUACGACAUCGCAGCAAAAGCUGUAGCUGAACUGAACGACAAGUCGUACUGCCUGGUUUUUGUGGGUGCUUUAGAUGGAAAACAAGAGGAAGUGGCGAAGGCUUUGCUGGAUAGUGGAAUUUCUGAAAAUCAGUUGUUUGUCAGAAGGUUUGUGAAGAGCAAAGCAAAACUGAAGGACUUGUUUUGUGAAGUUGGCUUGUGCAUCAUGCCCUCCAGGACGGAGGGAUACGGCUUAACUGCGCUGGAGGCCUUGUCGGCAUAUCUUCCCAUUCUUGUGAGUGGCAACUCGGGUUUUGGAGAUGCUCUUCGUGUUCUUCCACUCGGCGUGUCCUUUGUCGUUGACUCCUCCGAACCUGAAGAAUGGGCAAAGGCGAUUGCUAAAGUCCGUCAGAAAAAACGAGCAGUGCGACUUGAAGAGACUCGGAUGCUCCGGAAAUGUUAUGAAGAAAAGUACAGCUGGGAGAAAUCAUGUCAAACUCUUGUUCAAAAGAUGUGGAGCAUGGUUUAUGGUUAGAAAAAUAGAGUUUUCCACACCUGUCAAUAUGGUCAGGUAACCGCAGCCCUACAGAUGAAGGAGGAGUCAAGUACAACACUGUCUAUGGGUGAAAAAGUCCAUUUGCUGUCAAUGUUCUUUCUUAGUAAGCUAUUGUUUUGAGAUUUUAAGCGAAUUUAUUUUUUAUUUCUCGUGCCUUUUUGGGACGUUUUAAUAUAAUAUCCUCAUUUACCUCUUCGUGUAUAAAGGUAGAUGAUAAAUCGAGACCGCAGAAAACAUAGUAAAAUUCAUGAAAUAACUAAGAGGUUUAGCAACCUCAUGUUCGUUCAUUAACAAAUACAUUGGCCUCGAGAAGCGGAUGGCUAUGUCGCUGUUUACUUAUGUAACAUAUUUGUCAAACAUGUGUUUCUUGAAAAUAUUACACGACUCGGGCCAAUAACUAAAAUCAACCAAUCAAAAUGCUCUA